UUGGUCAUGUAAACAUAACAUUUGAUCAUAUCAACAAAACACAAACAGUGUGCAACAAAAAAAAAAUAAUGAGUUCACGUGAAAAAAUGAAGAGUUUGUUCAACAACAGAUGGCUAGUUUUUGUUGCUUCAAUGUGGGUGCAAUCAUGCUCCGGGAUCGGGUACAUGUUCGGCAGCAUAUCGCCCGUGAUCAAGAAAACCAUGGGUUAUAACCAGCGCCAGAUUGCGGCGUUGGGCGUGGCCAAAGAUAUCGGUGAUGCUAUCGGGUUUGUUGCGGGUAGUUUGUGCGAAGUCGCGCCAAUUUGGGUAGUUCUGUUUAUUGGAGUGGUUCAAAAUUUGGUUGGGUAUGGUUUAGUUUGGCCUACCACCAUACACACCUUGCCAGAAUUGCCUUUGUGGGUGCUAUGUAUUUGCAUAUUCGUGGGAACGAAUGGCGAAACCUACUUUAACACGGGAGCUCUUGUUUCGGGUGUUCAAAACUUCCCUAAAAACCGCGGUCCUGUUGUAGGGAUACUCAAGGGUUUUGCUGGCUUGAGUGGUGCAAUUUUAACUCAAGUUUACACUGUCCUUAAUUUUCCAGAUCAGGCUUCGGUUAUACUCGUGGUUGCAGUGGGACCCGCGAUCGUUAUUUGUUCAGUAAUGUUCAUAAUUAGACCCGUUGGAGGCCGUAAACAAGCUCAACCGUCCGAUAACACUAGCUUCUUAUGUCUUUAUACUGUUUGCCUCAUUCUUGCAGCUUAUCUUUUAGCUGUUUUGAUAUUACAAGAUGUGACCCCUUUGAACCAAACCAGCGUCACAUGGCUCACAAUCGGGCUCUUAGUUCUUAUAUUACUUCCCGUCGUGAUUCCUAUUUUCUUGGUUUUUUUCGCGUCUUCAAGGCCCGAGAAUUAUGUUGAGGAGACCCUUUUAAACGAGGGUCAAAAGCGAGAAAAUGAAGUGAUUUUUAGUGAAGUGGAAGACGAAACGGGCUCAGAAGUUGACUUGCUUUCGGCUCAGGAUAGGCAAAAACGAAUGAACCAUUUGCAAGCCAAAUUGGUGCAGGCUGCAGCCGAUGGAGCCGUGAGGGUGAAACGCAAAAAGGGCCCGAGAAGAGGGGAGGAUUUUACAUUAAUGCAGGCGUUGGUAAAAGCCGAUUUUUUGCUUUUGUUUUUUUCUUUGGUGUUGGCUUCGGGAUCGGGCUUGACCAUUAUCGAUAACCUUGGUCAGAUGUGUGAGUCUCUCGGGUACGAGAAUCCUCAUAUUUUUGUUUCCAUGAUUAGCAUUUGGAACUUUCUUGGUCGUGUUGCUGGCGGAUACUUCUCCGAGAUAAUCGUAAGAAAUUAUGCAUACCCGAGACCUGUAGCAAUUGCUGGAGUUCAACUCGUUAUGGCGGGUUCACUUUUGUACCAUGCAAUUGGUGCACCUGGUGCAAUUUAUGUCGUUUCGGUUGUAAUGGGGUCGUGUUAUGGGGCCCAUUGGGCCAUCGUCCCUUCAGCAGCCUCGGAAUUAUUUGGUUUAAAGAGUUUCGGAGCAAUUUAUAACUUUCUCACACUCGCAAGCCCAGCAGGCUCGCUUAUCUUCUCUGGUGUCAUUGCCAGUGGGAUUUACGACUAUGAAGCAAAGAAACAAAACUCUAUGAAAUAUAACAUUGUUCAUGAAACGGACGAACUCACUUGCUAUGGGACCGUAUGUUACUCGCUCACUUGUGGGAUUUUAUCGGUUCUUUGCAUGAUUGCGGCUUCUUUGAGUAUGACGGUUGUCUAUAGGACCAAAAGAGUCUAUGCACAGUUGUAUGGAAAUUCGUACACUUAAAGGCGUUCUUGAUAAACUUUUCUUUUACAAGCUUGUUCAUGGUUGUGCGAUAGGGGAACAAUGAAACCGAUGAUGUUGAAAUGGUGUUGUUACGGGAGAAAAGAGGUUCGGCUUUCUGCAUAGUUGAGUUAUGAGAAUGGUUAAACCUAUUGGAUCCAGGGUUGUAUGCAAGUAGGAAGAAUUCAUAUUGGUAAGAAUAUGUAAAGUGAUUAAUAAAGUGUAUUCACCCGUUAUUUUUAUUAUUUG